UAAGUCCCAACUCUCUCGUCCCUUCCAUCUAAUAUAAGCGCUUUUCUGAAGCAACCACUAUAAAUUUUACGUUCUUCUAUUAGAUUCUCUCGCUUCGUAUUUUUAAAAAAAGCUCGUUAAAUUCGUUCCUUUUUUUUUUUUCAUAGAGAUAGAGAUUAAUUAUCAUUUGAAAAAAAAAAAAUUAAAAUGUGUGGCGGCGCGAUCAUCUCCGACCUCAUCCCGCCGCGCAAAAACUCUCGCGGCGGCGGCGGCGGCGGCAUUUGGCCCGAUUCUCUCUUCUCCGGCGGAUCCGACGGCUCCGAUUUCGCAGAAUUCAAUCCGGUUUCAACGGAGAAAGGGGGGCGGAAGAAGAGGGAGAGGGAGAGGGAGAGGGAGCGGAAGACGCAGUACCGGGGGAUAAGGCGGCGGCCGUGGGGGAAGUGGGCGGCGGAGAUCCGGGACCCGGGGAAGGGCGUGCGCGUCUGGCUCGGCACCUUCGCCACCCCGGAGGACGCCGCCCGCGCCUACGACCGCGCCGCCCGCCGCAUCCGCGGCAAAAAGGCCAAGCUCAACUUCCCCACCAUUCUUUUUACUAACCAACAACAACAACAACAACAAGAAGAUCAACACCACCACCACCACCACCAACCCCCUCCUCCUCCUCCUCCUCCUCCUCCUCCUCAGGAUCAUUCUUCGAUCCCCUGUUGCAGUAGUAGUAGUACUAAUACUGCUACUACUACCAACCCUAAUAAUAAUGAUGUUAAUGGAGGGGGAGGGGAGGUGGAGAGGCUCUGCGAGGAGCUCAGGGAGUACGAGAGCGUGAUGAGCUUCUUCCAGAUACCGUACAUGGAAGGCGGAGUCGUCGUCCUCGACGAGGAUGAGAAGGAGGAGGAGCUCCCGCCGGCCCCGCUGCCGCCGCCGCCGCAGUGUACGCAGCAGGCGAACGCCAUGGGAGGGCUCUGGAGCUUCGACGACGCCCACAUUUCUUCCAUUGCGCUGCUGUGAAUUGUGAAUUGUGAAUUGCCCUGUUGGGUUGUAUAUAUCCUCGUAAUUUUGGCUAAUUUUGCUCUGUUUUGCUUUUUCUAGUCGUGAAAUUUUUUAGCCGGUAUUUGGUGAACGAUUAGGAUUUGGUGGUUUUGGGGGUCGCUAUUUGAUGCUAUUUGAUCUCUAAUGUUUUUGUGAUUUUUGUCAGAACAUUGAACAACUGUAAGUUUCUUAGUUUCCAAAGAGGAGAAAUUGUAAUCUUAUUAUUUAUGUGUUUGCCAA